AUAUGUACUUAGGACUUAUAUAUUUCUUUUUUUUAUGUUUUUAAACUUACUAUACUUAAAAUAUGACACAACAUAAAGUCGUAAACAGUGAUUUUUGGAAUGGUUUGUGUGAAAAAGAAACGAGAGAAUCUGCAGACGUUGAAGUUAGUAAGCAGUAACAACUUUACGAGAAUUUCAUUUAUUACACAGGUUGAGACCAUCGAAAAUUGCAAGAUCUGACAACAUUUAAAGUAGUGCCACAACAAAGUCCCUUGGAAAAUGAUGGAUGUAACAGUGAAAACACUGGAUGGACAGAACAAACAUUUCAGCAUUCCUGAAGAUACAACAGUAACUCAGUUCAAAGAAAAGAUUGCAGCUUCUAUCGGCAUUUCAGCAGAUACUCAGCGCCUUAUUUUUCAUGGCCGUGUUCUUCAAGAUGAAAAGAUGCUAAGGGAGUAUGAAGUUCAUGGAAAAGUGAUUCAUGUGGUGCAGCGGGCACCCCCGUCUCUUUCUUCUGGCACCAGCGACACACAGUCGUCUUCACAGUCCAAUCCUCCACUCCCACCUCAUAUCCAUCACCCACCCAACCUGCAGAGUGUCCUUGUGGGAUCCUUCACCUUUCCGCCAGAAAUUCUAAACACUGCACAACUGCCUAUAGAUGGGGGUUCUCUCAACGUACAUAUCAACCUGUCUCCCGUUGCCAUGGGACCCAUGACCACUAUUAACAGCCAAAACCCACCAGGUGGCACAACCAGCAGCAGUUGGGGAGCUCCUGGUGGAGGUCCCGCCGGUCUGUUUGUAAACAGCAGUAGCAGCUCUGGCGAAGCAAAACAGAGGCUGAUGCAAGCACAGCGAAACCUUAAUCUGGCUCAGAAUGCAAUAAGUCGAUUAGAAGGAAAUGUUGGGUCAAGAGGGUCUAACACCUCAGCUUUAAACAAUGGCACAACAACAACAGAUGUAGAUCAGGCACGCUCAGAAGGAAAUACUGGGGACAAUACCACAGAUCCAACAGAAAACCAGGACAGUGCAACUUCAGAUACAUCAGUACAGCAAGCAGCUACUCCAAGCAAUUUAGCAGAGCUACUACGGGAAGUUCAGGCUACCUAUCAGCGCAUGUCACCAUUUUUGAAUCAGAUAUGUGAACUAGCUGCUGCAGACCCAGAGAUUAGUUCACAGGAUCUCAUACCUCGCCAAAGAAUGGUCGACCACGUGUCUGAAGCUAUGCACGCUCUCAGUCACUGCUUCCACAACAUAAGUGACAUCAACUAUGAAUUGUCAGCACCUCCACCACGUCUUCUAACUGCUCAGCGCCUUCCCAUUUACCACUCACAGCAUUCUCCAAACAUUGUGAUCAAUGCUGCAGCCAGCAGGAAUCAAGGGGGAAAUGCUGCCCCUAACCAGACAGCAACAUCACAGUCUGUGCCACAGUCCACAACAGUGUCCUCCACAGCAGUGCCCCUCCCAGCCUUCACAUUUCAAUCUUCUCCUUCCCAACUGUCAUCAUUAGGCGCUGCUGUCACAGCUGCCACUGGCAGUCCUGCUAAUGGCACUCUUCGUGGCGCUAAUUUGCCAGUACCUGGGGAUGAUCCAUAUGUCUUUGUGGAAGUGGGUCCAGACUCAUUGACUGUUAAUAGCAUUUCUACACAUGUGGUUAUGUCAGAAGAUAACGAUGAUGUCCACAUGGAAACUGACAAUCAAGAAACAGACAUCACUGCAAAUGCUGCUACAAGGUUGGCCUCAACAGCUGCUUUAACUUCCACCUCCUCUACAUCAUCCUUGUCACAGACAUCCCAGAAUCAGGGACAGACUGGAAGGCCCACAAUGCCUAAUGUUAAUGUACAGGGACUGUCCAGUAUACCUGGCCUAACAGGGGAAAUGGUUAACAGCAUUGUGCAGUCAGUCUUACAGGCCCAUGGUGUGCGCCAGGAUCAGCCAGUGCAAGUCAAUGUUGUGCCUGUGCAAAUGCCAGGUGGAGGUACGCCCUUAGCAACAGCAAGUGGUUCAGCUACCAUCAACAUCACACCAGUUACUGCCACUUCUUCACACUCUCAAUCUCAGACAACCUCUGUCAGAUUCUCAAGGACAUCAUCUGCCAGUCGACUAGAAGGUGCAGUCCCCUCUGCAAGCCCCUCCACCUCAGGCACCACAUCCACAGCAGCUCUAAAUACAGGAAGUUCUGUUGGAUCAGGACCAAACAGUCAGCAGUUGCCGCCUCCUCCACCCUUACACUUUCUACAUGGACCAGGAGUCCGUUCCCAUGUACCUGGUUCUGCUGGAGCUCAAGGCAUGCCCAUGUUCGCUCAGAUACCCAUCUUCCGUCAACGAGCGCCAGGUCCUCAUGCCUUGCUUCCUAUGCCACUGAUGCAGCCAACAGACAUUUAUCUACCUUGCUUUUCACAUCAUUUUAUUACACAAGGAGUGCGUGAAAUAGUGGAUCACACUCAACGAUUGCAAGCUACUGGUAAUAUUGGCAACAUGAUGGCAGGCAUGAUGUCCAGUUUGUUUGGUCAGCCUUUACAUGCACGAGGUCCUCCGAUGUCACAGCGUCAGUCUCAGCAGCCUGGUGGAACACCUCAACGCAAUGCUAACGAAAACUCCAACCGUGCGCAGACCAACACCACAGCAACCCAGCAGGGCUCCAUCUCAGCCAAUCCAUUUGCUGCCCUGUUUUCCCAGCUUUUGGGUGGUGCCUCAGCUCCGGCCAGUGGGCAGUCUAGCGGAGGAAGGAUGGUCUCAGAGCCUGGUGCAGGUGUUGCUGGAUUGGCAGCAGCCAUGACCAGCAUGCUGAACAGAGAGGCCUCUGAAUCAGGAAGGAUGGAAGCAGCAGGACAGAGUGCCAUGACAGAUGACACAUUUGCUCGCAUAGUCCAGGGUAUCGGGGCACAAGCUUCACAAGCAGCAGCAGGCAUAUCCUCAGGAGAGACUGUGGCUAAUUUCCUUCAGUCAUUGGGCGAGAACCACAGUGUUGUGGCAGGAGAAGGUUUUCUCACAGAUGCUUUCCUUUGUGUGGCCCAGCAUCUCACCUUUGCCAACCUCUUCAGUAUAUUCCUUGGUCAGGUUGAUUCCAUUAGGGGUUUGCUACACCCCCUGCAACAGUUCAUUCGAGAACGUGUUUUAAAUGGAAGUGAAUUUGAUGAAAGGACCCUUCGGUCAUCUACUGACUCUCUGUUGGAUGAACUGGUACCUGAAGUACAAGCUUCGGUGGAAGGGUUUGAUGUUGUUCAAGACAUCGACCUAGAGGCAACAGUGAAAGCAUUCCUUCGACACCAGCUUAUCAUCAUCUUCCGCAUUAUCAUGUCUAGUUCUGACACUGAUUCAGAUUUUGGACGCAGCUUGUAUGAUAGUGUGCGUCGUGCAUUGGGGGAGUUCAUUGUCUUGAUGCCAGCAUGUCUACGUGGGGGCCAGGCUGAUUUCAACAAUCUGGUACAAAGCCGACUGGCAAGCAUCACCUCUGGUCUGAACCCACUCAUCAGGCAGUGGAUGGCUUCAAUGACACUCACACAGCUGUCUACGUUCCGCAGCAGUGUGUCCAUUCCAGAGUCAGAAGUGCAGUCUUACAUCGUGCGACCAUCAACCACAGCUGCAGGGUCCAUUACAGCUGCUGCUAGCACUGUUUCAAGGAAUGUUGAAGUGUCGUCUUCACAACAUGUCAUGGAGGUAGAGGCAGCACCACCUGGUAAUGGAAGCACAGCAAGGCCGACUGCUCAGGCUCCCCGUACAUUGGACCUGACCAGAAAUGUUCAGAGGGCAGAUGGCAGGCAAGAGGAACGCCCCUCAGUCAAUGGCUUGAGGCAGGCCUUGGUAAAUGGCAACCACGAUUCUUCAGCAGCAUCCCCAUCAUCUGCAACAAGAAGUCCUAGAAAUGGAGAGGAGAAUUGGCAGGAGGUUGUCUCACCAGAGUGGGUUCCUAUCAUUGAGACGGAUAUCCAGCGACAGAAGACCCAUCAUUCGCAUGCUCCUCUCAGUGAUGCCUAUCUUCAGGGGAUGCCACCCAAACGCCGUAGGCUAAUGACUUGUGAUCGACCUAACAACCUUUCAAACAUGGCCGACUACCUGCCAACAGCAGUGAAAAGAGCAGCAACUCAGGCAGGUGUUGAGCCAGUCAGUAGCGUGGACAACUUGGCAGCAGAGGCUUCUGAUGCAGAGGAACUGCAGAACAUGCUGGAGGCGGAGGUGCAGCGAUCACUAGCCAACAGACUUGCUAGCGAUGAUGACUACAGUGCUGAUAGGUUUCCCAAUGCACAGCAGUACUUUAACUCUAAGCCCAAACCAUCAUGAUUCCUCUUGCACAUCAUCAAGUUUUGGAAGUAACGCAGCAGAGGUGUCAAGAAAGACAGUCUUCAUGUUUCUCAAAUGUCUAGAGUUGUCUUGAUGAACAUAGUGCAUGUAUAUACAUAUAUCUUCAGCAAACAACUGUUGUCGGUUUAUCACUCAGUUGCAGUAUUUCCAACCUUUUGUCCUUGAAGCUUAAAACAGUUUUACUGUAUAGUUCAGUUUCUAGCUCCUUAUUAUACAGUUUUUAAAAAAAAAAUUAAUUUGGAAACAUGUGACUGUCAUUGUGUGUGACUGUGGCGUGUGGAAAAGUGUGCUGCAUUUUCAUUUUUUUUCAUUUAACUUCUAGAACUGACCUUUGCCCUCCUACACAUCAGCAGUACUUCAAGACCAAAAACUAGAGAAUAUGAGGAUGCCAUUUGCACUUCACAGCACAGACUGAUAAAGAAAACGCAAAUUUUAUCAUCUGUGCACCGUAUCCCAAUCUGUAUUCCUUAAGCAGGAUGUCAUACAUCACAUCAAAUAGCAGAAAUUCUUUUGCUGGCCAGAAAAAAAGACACCCCAUGCUUAUGUUGAUUGUUUAGUUAUUUUUUAUCAGGAACUGAGUCUAGUCACAAAAAGAGCGGAAAGGACCUGGUGGCAAGCAACAUGUUACUUUCUAAACAGUACAACCAAAGUUGGCUAUAAAUUUUCAUUCAUUUCUGCAGGUCAGGGUCUGUCUUCUAUUCUAUUUUUUUAAAUGCCUGUUUGUUUUGAAAUGCAUGUUUGGGGAAGCGGAUAGCCAGGUGGUUAAAACUUGCAUCUGAACCUGGAGGCAUGGCACUUUGCUGUUCUGUGGUGCAAGAAACUUCUCUCAGUUGAUUCAUCUGUCAAUUCCUGGCUUCAUGUAAAGUAAGGCAAAGGAGAGAUGGGGAUUACCCUCACAAGAAGCUUGCACUGAGAAAUCUGGUUCUAGCGUCUCUAACUCCCCAAUAACCAAAUAAAAACAAAAAACUUGGAGGCAACCUUUACCUUUUCCCCCCCAAACACAUCCCCUCCCCUCCCCCCCAAAAAAAAAGUGUCUGCUGCCUUUGCUACACUGAAGGCCAUCCUACUGUCAGAGUAACCAACCUCACUUUGAUGUCAAAAUUUGUGUUAGGCAUCAAAUGGCACAUCGAUAUUUGACUUUAAUGUUGUAGGUUGUGAGGCUGUGAUCCUCUUUCAGGACACCCACCAUGCAACUUGGCAGACAUACUGAUGUAUGCAAAUUUCACUUUCGAGAGUGACUUUUUCUUGAAUCUUGCUACUAAGGAACCUGUUUCUUGGAGCCUCUGCAGUAGGAUUCCAUUUUAAUACCAUUGCUUUGUCUUUUUGUCAUAUCCAUGUUGUAAUGUUUUCAUAUAUGUGGCAUCAGAUUUCAUGAUAUGAGAAUUUUUGAUGACAUGAAGCCCUUCUUAAGCUGCAGACUGUUGCUGGAAUGGGCGAAAAAGGAGUUUUAUUCAUAGAAUGUAGGGCAGGGAUUAAUUAUAUUUUUUUUUCAAAUCAUUAAGGACGCAGAAAAAGAAUAUUUGGAUUAUGUAUUCAUUAUUUCAGUACUAACAAAUGUGAAUUUGCAUAGAACUAUAACUCCAGCCUUGCAUACUUUGUCAUCAAAAGUUGCGUAGGAAUAACUUUGAAACAAAGAAGGCAGUUGUAUAGGCUUAUGUAAAGGAAUAUAUGUUUUUAAUAUGUGACAUGAGUUCUGAACUUAUUUUUGUUUGUUUUAUCAUUACAUGCUUUUUUUUUAAAAAAAACAGCACAUCCUGAGAAAUGAUUUUUUUACAGCACCUCUGAAAAUGUUUUUCCCCAUAUUUUUGUUUGUCCUUCAUCUCUUGUACUGCAGAUUUGUUUUGGCCAUGACUUGAAAUAUUUCUUUAAGUAAGAAAGCUUUGAAAACAAAAGCCUGCAAUGAACUUUUGUGGUCACUUUUAGUUGUCUGCAUAUUUUUAGUGCCCCUUUUAAAUUGGAGAAAGUUUUAUCGAGGACUGAACUUGAGAGCGCUGUGAAAUCCAAGUAGUCUUCAGUCAAAUUACUUCCAAUAAAAGCAGUAAAUCUCCUUAUAAUUUUGUGAAGUGUGAUUGCUGGGAUUGUCUGGCAUAUUAAAAAUAAAAAUCGUGCCAAGCAUGUUUGUUCCAUAGCCAUUUGUGUAAAAUUAAUCAUGUGCAUCCUAAUGUUUGUAUUUCUUUGAUGUAGUUAUUCUGACAAAAGUAAUACAGUCAAGAUUUGAUUUAAUCCUCACCUAACAAAACCCCUAUAGUAGUUUUCUUGAUUCGGCUGGGAACUGUGUGACUGCAGCUGUCAAUGCGACUUAAAAAUGAAAAGAAUAGCUUCAUUUUGAAAGUGAAUGUUUAUGUAUCUUCAGGGUAGACAGGUUGUACAGUGCACAUCAGAUUGAACUGUUCUGCAUUAAUGAGCUGUCAUGUGCUUUAGUUACAUCAGCAGAUUCAAAAAGAAGAAUGGGUUUGUCAUUCUGAAGGUCUUGCUGCCUCAUUAAAAAAAAAAUUUCAAGUAAAAGUUUUUUCCCAUCUCCUAUUUAUUUCCAUGUUAUUUAGAAGAAAAUGCAGCAUUUCUCUCUCACAUGAUUUUUGUGCGGGUGUGUGCAUGAGUGCUCUGCCAGAUAUGUCCCCUAAAGUGUUAAAGAGUAAAGCAUUCUCAUUGCAACAGCUCAUACCAUUGUACCAAAGUUAAAUGUGUCCUGUCUUCAGUAGAUUGGUUGAAUUGAGAUAUAAAUUAAGAACAGGGUGAACUGUCUUUAGAGGAAGGCAACAGUGUUAUUAUUUUUAUUUAUGUAUUUGUGUAACAAUUAUAAUCCAUGCCUGACACCUUCCUUACCAUAUGGUUUUAGGGUGAUGCAGAUUUUGUACAUAUUCAUUUGUCUGUACAGUUUUCUGGUUGAAUAAAUUUUGGAACAUUA